UUCGACUUACGAAAUGUCAGUCAGUCACGUUGAGCUUUCGAGUGAAGAUGGGAAGAACGAGAAGUUGCUCGAUCGCCUUUCACUGAACAGCCACCAAUUAUAUUUUCAUAAAGAGAACCGAAGAGUAAUUCGAGGCACGAGUGAGAACUUGAGGUCCGAAUUGAAAUUUGGUUUUUUUUCAACGCAAGGACGGUGUUCCCGAAAAACCGUCCUUCUGCAAAGAGGCAUUAGAAAGAAUCAACGUACGUCGGGACUAAGUGGGUGGAACGUUAUGCCACUCAAAGUUCAACCAACAUUCCGUCUCCACAAGCACCAAAAAAUCAAGUUUCGCGCCGAUCAGGACACUAUAAAGUAGUCCUUGAAUCUUUUCAAAUUCGAUUGAUCGACAACCGGAAAUAUAGCGAGGAAGAGAGAGAGAGAGAGAGAGAUAAUAUAACGAAGAGAGCAAAAUAGAGAAAGAAAGUUUCCAAGCCUUAAACCUUCUGGGAAGGUUUGCUUUUUUCUUCGCAAUUUCCUAUCCUCAAAUUUAUUCUGAAAGAUUUGCUUCGAAAUCCAAGGUACACCAUGAGGUUACCGUUGAAUAAUUAAAUCUCGAUUUUUUGACAAUUGAAAAAUAAUAAGAAAACCAAUAAUUGGGCUUGCUUCGCAAACGAAAACUCAUUAUUUUCCAACGACGCUCAUCUGCCUGAAAAAAAGCUUGACAAAUGGGUGUAUUCGGAAAAUUGUUUGGAAAAUAUCUGCUCGUGACGAACACUGUGAGUUGCGGAGUAAUGAUGGGUUUCGGUGACGUUUUGCAGCAACGUGGCGAUCACUGGAAACGUCACGCGUUCCCGAAGUACUUCGAGUCGGAUAAGGAAGAGGCGAGAUCGCUCGAUAACGACGGAAAUCUCGUGACUGAAGCGAUACAGAUACGAAGUAAUAAUCAAGAUGAGGCUAAUUCCUCGAUCGAAAAAACUUUUACGAUUAUCGAGAACGAUUCCGAUGAGAAUAAAAAUUAUGGGCACGAUUAUGUACGAACGAAAAAUAUGUGCGCCGUUGGCCUCGUCCAAGGACCCUUUCAUCACUAUUUCUACGCGAUUCUCGAUCGCUUCCUUCCUGGUAGAAACACCAGUUCGGUCGUCAAGAAAACACUCGUCGAUCAACUCGUUGCCAGUCCAACGUGCCUUGGUAUUUUUUUCUUCGGUCUCGGCGCUCUCGAACAACGGAAAGUCGAGGAUAUAAGUGGCGAGGUCAAACUCAAGUUCUUCGAUACUUACAAAGUUGACUGUUUUUUUUGGCCACCAACGCAGUUUGUCAACUUCCUGUUUGUGCCCGUUCAGUACAGGGUCGUUUACAUUAAUUUGAUGACUAUGUUUUACGACAUAUUUCUUUCGUACAUGAAAUACGAUGCUGCGUAGAGUUCAACGAAUCUACGUGGCCUCGAAGACAUUCUCCAAUGACAACUAGAACUUUGACAUAAUUAAGCAAAAACGUGUAAUGACAUAAUAUCGACUUUGUACUCCAUUAAUAAAUUUUCUAUACUCGA